AGCUCUGGAGGGUGUGCCGCCUCCUGUUUGUUGUGAGGACCACUUGUGCAGCGUGCGGGGACGCCAGGGUACAUGGGCACUCGUCAUUCCCUCCGGCGCCAGCUCAGAUCGCGUGCCCUUGGGCGCUGUGGACGAUCGUCGCUCUCGGCCGGGGAGAAAGUUCCCUCCAAGUUUGGCUCAUGGCCAGUGUAAACUGCAAGGUGGCCGUCUCCCUGUUCAAGAGGACGCUGUGCCUGGGCCCUGCGCAGAAGCCUGGCGGUCAGCGCACGCUACUGACCGUCAGCAGGCUGCAGGAGUGGGGUCUGAAGGAGGGCCGCACCGUGCACAAGUGCUUCACCCCCCAAAACCUGGCCGUGUGCAAACUUCACUCUGUUACUCUGCCCCGACAGGAGUCCAUGAGCGACAGCCUGCAGACCUGCUACAAGUACCUGAACCAGACCAGCAGGAGCUUCGCCGCCGUCAUCCAAGCCCUGGACGGAGAGCUGCGACAUGCCGUGUGUAUCUUCUAUCUGGUGCUUCGAGCUCUGGACACCGUGGAGGACGACAUGACCAUCAAUCUGGAGACCAAAAUCCCCAUGUUACAUAACUUCCACACGUACCUGUACCAGGCGGACUGGAGGUUUACGGAGAGCAAGGAGAAGGAUCGGCAAGUUCUGGAGGACUUCCCCACGAUUUCCCUGGAGUUCAGAAACCUGGCGGUGGUUUAUCAGAAGGUGAUUGUAGACAUCUGCCACAAGAUGGGGGUGGGCAUGGCGGAGUUCUUGGAGAAGCAGGUGGAAUCUCUCCUGGAUUGGGAUAAGUACUGUCACUAUGUAGCUGGAUUAGUGGGGAUUGGUCUGUCACGCCUGUUCUCUGCCUCUGAACUGGAAGACGCCAUCGUCGGUGAAGAUGCAAGACUCUCAAACUCUAUGGGGCUCUUCCUACAGAAAACAAACAUCAUCCGAGAUUAUCUGGAGGACCAGCUGGACGGAAGAGAGUUCUGGCCCAGAGAGGUGUGGAGCAAAUACGGGAAAAAACUGUCCGACUUUGCCAAGCCAGAGAACAUAGUGCCGGCUGUGCAGUGCUUGAAUGAACUGGUGACCAAUGCUCUGCAGCACGUGCCCGAUGUCUUGCUCUACCUGUCCCGGCUGAGGAACCAGAGCGUGUUUAACUUCUGCGCCAUCCCACAGGUCAUGGCUAUCUCCACACUGGCCGCCUGUUAUAACAACCAGCAGGUGUUUAAGGGAGUGGUGAAGAUCCGUAAGGGGCAGGCGGUCACACUGAUGAUGGACGCCACUAAAAUGCAAACGGUCCGAGCUAUCAUGUACCAGUAUGUGAAUGAGAUCUACCAGAAGAUCCCCCUUACGGACCCCUCCUCAGGACGCACACAGAACAUUGUCUCCACCGUCCAGAAAUUGAGCUUGUCCAGUGGCCCCCUGGUGUCCCGAAACAGCUUCUCCCCCAUUUACCUGUCAUGUGCAAUGCUUUUGGCCGCCCUCAGCUGGCAGUACCUAAGCACGGUCCAGGCAUCGGAGGAGGUGCACACAGGCCAGUGACCUGGGACAGCAUAUCUACAUCAAUACAACCCUCCAUAUGGUAGCGAUCAUCAACCUGCCCCCCUUGUCUCAGACGAUUAUGGGACAGGAUAUUUUAGUUCAGUCAUAGUACUUGACGCACAUUUAUCGGGCAUCGUUUGACUUAGACUGAUCCUGGACGGCUUGAUCCCGGUAGAGCGGAUCCUUUCUAGGACUUUUCCAUGCUGGGAUGAGCCAUCAGGAUAUUUGGAGAUCUAGCUGGUGAUUUGGAAUGGAGGGUCCGUGAUCGAUAUGGUGGCCAGACCUGCUAGAGUGAAUAUGGAUCUCAAUCAUCUUGUGUACUGGAAUCGGGAACAUGUCACCAGUUGUUCCACAGCUACUUAGAGGCUACAUUGUCUUCUGCCAGAAGUAGUCAGUCUCUGAAUUGGGCUGUAUGAGGAAAAUACAGUCCAAAGGGGCACAGUGACGGGGAGCAGUCCUCCAUCAGGGCGCCUGAAAACAUAGCCUAACGAAUGUGAUAAUUACCAUGGAUUCGAGGUCUCUAAUUGGGUAACUACAACUCUCAGCAUGCUUGGAGUGGUAGUUUCCCAGUUGGUGGAUGCCACUGGUCGAGAGUGUGUCAGGAUUUCAUGAUCUGAGUGCGUGGACCAUAGUAUAUCCAGACAACCGUCAAGGUUACGCUUAUGGGGUUGCCAGACCCUUGCCCAGUGGAAAAGGUGGACGGGUUCAGUUAUAUUCCCGGCUGAUGUUUUUGUUUCCCUUAAGAUAAACGGCGUCAAUGGAUGUCUCGAUGCCACUUUUCUCAUCUUAAAUUCCUAUGUUGUUCAAAGUUUUAUGGUCAAAAGCAAAAAAGUCAACCAGGUGAUGUUUGUCAACGAUAAUUCUGAAAAUUCUCCAUCUCUUAAAUGUUCAUUUACUGGCUUUUAAAAGGUGGUUGCUGGGGCCGAUGGUUCACCAUCAGGAUACAUGCCUGUCAGUGAUUGGUCAGAGAGCAGAUCUCAUUGUGACGUUGACAUUCACUGUCACAGGAGGCCAUGGCGGGAAUGUAUUGUGACAUUGUUAUACAAUGUGGUUUAAUUUUUAUUAAAUAAAAUUAUUAAAUGAA